GUAAACUGGAAGGAAAAGGCUGAGCUCUGUACCACUGAGCCACUCCUGGAAACUUAGAAGAUGACCUCCAGAUCACCUUACAGUUCUUCCUUUGGAUAGCUCUCUGUUCCAUCCUCUUCUUAGGAUCCUUUCUACUCUGCCAGCUUGUGUGUUCCUUUCCUCUAGAAUCAGGUACUUUUAUUUUUAUUUUGCUCUGCCAAAGAGUGUUACUCUGCCACCACAUCCUGCCCAUCCAACCUAGAUUAUAAGCGACAUGAUUCUGGCAUAUUAAUGUAUAUGUAAGGCUUGCUCAUUACACAGUGGAAGACAGAUGACGGGGGGAAAUAUCAUCCAUACUGGGCAUUCUUCACAGGUCUUUUUUGUUUGCUUGUAGUUAGCUUGAAAGAAGAAGCUGAGAAUCUUCUCUUCAGGGCUGAUACUGACAUCACAUCCUUUCCACUCAGCAGGUCUUGCAGCCAUCAAACUCGCCUCUGCUCACUUCUGCUUUCACUGAAGAAAAGAGAAAAUGACCAGAUUUUUUUCUCUCCUGUGGCCCGUCGGCCUGAUACUAUGUGAGUAUGAUACCACGGCUGUGGGUCUUUUUUACUUAAGCCACAAUUGGUUAGAGGGAUGGACUUUGGAUGUGAUUCAGGGCUGCAGUUUGUCCAGCAAGACUUUUGGAUUUGUUUUCUGUGACUACAUGGUUUCCAUGCUGUAUAGCAAAAAUUGCCCAAAAUUACUGUAACUUUCCAAAGCAGCCUGCUAUAUCUAUGCAGUAUGUUAUGGGAUGGUGAAGGAGGAGGCUGCUGUUGAGAAAAAUAAAUCUACAGUCAUGUGGAGUUUGUUGCAUGGUUCUUUUAAUUUUUGAAGUUAGGAAAAAGAACUUUUUUUAUAAAAAAAAAUAAAAAACCCCACACCUUUUAUUUGAUAGAAGUAUCAAAACACCUAUGUGAAAACACAGACUUUUCUUAUUUAGAACAUUGCAAAAAAGUGCAGUAUAAAACAAAAAAACCAAAUCAGAUAUCAAAUGAUACAUUCUUAACUAAACAUGAGAGAAAAAGCAGAAAAUAAAAUGAUUACACACCAUAAUAUAUGAAUAAUAGUAGUAGUAAUAAUAAUAAUAAUAAUUUAUUUAUACCCCGCCCAUCUGGCUGAGUUUCUCCAGCCACUCUGGGGAAUAAUCCUUGAACAAUCCUUGAAUAGUAAGAAAAGGUAAUAAUCAGAAAGAGGAUUGCUUCAGCUUGCCAACAGGGCCAUAUAAAUGAGAAUAACGCAUAGCGCAGAACACAUUUUGAAAUGUUGUAUUCCAACGGUUUAUUAAAUUGGCUUCAUCUCUCAAAAAUGUAUUUGGUGCACAUCCUUCCACAUUCCAUUUAUAAUGUGAGCUUAAUAUGAAAGGCCGUCUCCAUGCUCCUGUAAUCCCAUUGCCAUUUGUCAGAAUAUUUAGAGGAUUUAGCACAUGUUUGUGAGAUAAAAUAUAUGUAUUUUAGGCCUGAAGGUUAUCCUUUAUAUGGCGCUCAACCAUUAAAAUCAAUCAUGACCAAGGAUUACAAGGAGUUAUUUAUAUACAGUACAGUGGUACCUCGGGUUAAAUACUUAAUUCGUUCCGGAGGUCCGUUCUUAACCUGAAACUGUUCUUAACCUGAGGUACCACUUUAGCUAAUGGGGCCUCCCGCUGCUGCUGCGCAAUUUCUGUUCUCAUCCUGAAGCAAAGUUCUUAACCCGAGGUUAUUUCUAGGUUAGCGGAGUCUGUAACCUGAAGCAUAUGUAACCUGAAGCGUAUGUAACCCGAGGUACCACUGUACAUGAAUUAACACAAUCAAAGCUACUUGGAAAUGUAAGGAAUUCUGUUAAUUUUACCAAGGAAAGGGCAUCCCAUGAUUUUUUGCAAAUAUUCUUGUUUCAAAGGUAUCUUCUUAUGUUUCCAGUGACACACAUAACCAAAUGUGUGUUUGAUAUUACUGCACUUUGGUAUAAAGUUUAGAAGAUAAGCAAAAGGAUCCAUAACUACAUUGUUCGGAAAGGACCACGUGGCUCUUGCCCAAACAUUUCCCAAAAUGACAAUAUUUCAUUUUACCAAUGCGAAUCUAAUGUGCAACCCGAAAUAAAACAGAAACCCAAGCACAGGAAUUUGCAAAAAGGGAACUGAUUAACCAGAAAAGAGAACCAAAUAGACCGGGUGCAUUAAAGAGCAAAUACAGUUAAUAAAAGAAAAGCAACAGGAGCAAAUCCCUGGCUUAAUGACAACCAUCAGCCCCUUUGCCAUAUGCACAAUAUAUUAAGAAGACAGUGUUGUUGUUUUUCAGGAGUGUAUAUGAUGAUAAUUAUAUUAAUCUUCUUACAGCUUAUAGUGUGGUGGUUUGUUUGAUUUUUCUGUUAUUUGUUUGUUUGAUUGAUUGUAUGUUUGUUUACUUGUGUGUACGUCUGUUUUUCAGAAAUGUAUUUAUUUUAAAUUAAUAAAGAUUUUUUUUUAAAAAAAAGUCUAUGCUUCACAGUCUUUGCUGUCAUUCCGUAAACAGUAAAUAACAAAGCAGUUUCUUUGCUCUCCAGGCUGCUGGUGGCCCCAAGCCAACAGUAUGGUGCGAAUGAAGUUGACCGGUAACGUUCCCCAAGCCUCCAAAACUCCAGUGGAACUGAAAUGUGAGACCAGCAAGAUGGAUGUUGGGGUGUACUGGGUCCGUCAAAACCCGGACCUCAGCACUCACUUCAUCCUAUAUAUGCCUCCAAGGUCUAGAAGCCCACAAGAAACAGUGAGAGGCUACACAGCAUCAAAAUUUUCUGACUAUUACCAGCUAAGAAUUGUCAGCUUCGGGAAGGAGUAUGAGGGCAUCUACUUUUGCUUAUUGUUCAACAACCAGGUGGUCUACUUCAGUUCAGGACUCAAAGUCUACCUGCCAAGUAAGUCUCAUUCCAAGUGUUUAACGCCCACGGUCAGUGGUCUGAGUUUGGUACACAUUCCCUGCCACACCAGCUGUUUCCCCUGCCCCCUUUUGAGAGGCAUUUUCCAGAAUGUUGCUAUUUUGGGGAGGGGGUGGGUGGGAUUCAAGCACAUCCUGGCAAUUUCAAGGUGUGCAGUUACAGUUGGCUGGGAGGUUUUGUGCAACAAACCCGCUUCGCCAAAAGAUCGUGCUAUAUGUGAUAAGGGAAAUGUCAGGAAAAUGAUGAUAAUAAUAAAUAAAUAAUACAUUUUUAUUUAUACCUGCCGGCCAAGACUGGGCUCAGGGCAGCUAACACUGAAUAUAAAUACAGUAAAAUAAACAUUUUUAAAAACAAAUAAACCAAAAAACCAAACAAAAGAACAAUUGAUUAAAAUGUAAGUUAGAAUACAGUUUAAACUGCAGCUUAAAAUGUAGCCUCGUUUUAGUGGUAGCCUAUAGAUCAAAGCCAUAAGGGGAGAAAAUGUCAAAUACAGUGAUACCUCGGGUUAAGUACUUAAUUCGUUCCGGAGGUCCGUUCUUAACCUGAAACUGUUCUUAACCUGAAGCACCACUUUAGCUAAUGGGGCCUCCUGCUGCUGCCACGCCACUGGAGCACAAUUUCUGUUCUCAUCCUGAAGCAAAGUUCUUAACCUGAAGCACUGUUUCUGGGUUAGUGGAGUCUGUAACCUGAAGCGUAUGUAACCUGAAGCGUAUGUAACCCAAGGUACCACUGAAUUCACCAAGGCCAAUUAUCCAUGCUGGUUCUACAUGGGCCAGCAAAAAGAGCCGAGGGAAAAUUUAUAUACAAAUCCCAUAUAAGGGGUUCCAUCAAAAUAAAUAAAUGAGAGGGGGGGUUAGACUGAGUCCAGCCCAAAGGCCAGGCGGAACAGCUCCGUCUUGCAGGCCCUGCGGAAAGAUGUCAAAUCCCGCAGGGCACUGAUCUCCUGCGGUAGGGCUAAAUCCUCUAAAUAUUCUGACAAAUGGCAAUGGGGUUAUAGGAGCCUUUCUAAUUAGCCUUCCUGCAAACAAAUCAGACUGAAGGCCCAUUAAAUAGCCAAUGUCAUCUAAUCUCCCUACAUACAAAUCAGAUUCCAGGUUGUCUGGAAUCACCUUUGGUGUCUCCUAUUUUAGAAAGCCUUGCCUCUCUAAUCUUCUCACCCUUGGCUAUUUAUCGCCUUUCAUCUGGAUAAUCUUGUUUUUUGUUUUUUUUAUAUUUUUUAUUCAUUUUCCAAUACAAAAUUAUACAAUUCAUACAUCUUAAUUACAUCCCAUUUCUCAUUUUUUACUUCCCUCAACCUGUCUGAAACUCUUUCAUAAUUUUACUUCUUCCACAUUUCUAACAUUUUAAUAAUAUUCUAAUGUUUUUUUCUCACAGAGCUUCAUUGAGACUUACAAACAUUAUCUGAUUAUCACUUAAUUUUUGCAUAUACUCUAGAAAUUUCUUCCAGUCUUCUGUAAAUCUCUGAUCUCGUCGAUUUCGGAUCCUUCCAGUCAGUCCAUCAUUUUCAUUCUCCAUUCUUCUAUCAUAGGUAGCUCCUCUUGUUUCCAUUUCUGGGCCAUCAAUAUUCUUGCUGCUGUUACUGCAUAUAAAAAUAACUUCUUUUCUUUCUUAUUUAUCUCAUUACCUGUAAUUCCUAAUAAAAACGCUUCUGGUUUCAUAACAAAUGUAUAUUUCAACAUUUUCUUCAAUUCAUUAUAUAUCAUUUCCCAAAAGCUUUUAACUUUCUUACAAUCCCACCACAUAUGAUAGAAUGUACCUUCCUUUUCUUUACAUUUCCAACAUUUAUUAUCUAAUUUAUACAUCCUCGCUAAUUUCACUGGUGUCACAUACCAUCGAUACAUCAUUUUCAUCACAUUUUCUUUUAUUGUUGUGCAUGCAGUAAAUCUUAAUCCUUCUUUCCAUAAUUUCUCCCAAUCCUCCAUUUAUAUAUUGUAUCCAAAAUCUUUGGCCCAGUCAAUCAUCACCGAUUUUACCUCUUCAUCCUUUGUACACCAUUCUAGUAAUAUCUUAUACAUUCUCGCCAAAAUUUUGAAAUCGUUAUUCAAAAUUUCUUUUUGGAAUUUUGAUUCUUUAUCAUCAAACCCCCUUUGGGUCAAGUCUUUUUUAAACAUUUCAUAAAUUCAUCUGGAUAAUCUUGAAGAGUUUUCCCGUUUCUUUCAGCUCUGCUCCCAAGGUUGCUUUCCUUUCCACCUGAUACUACAGAAUUGAGCCAUUUCUGUCUGAUUUCUGAAUUUGGUAAGGUGGGCAGCAAAGAUAGGUCCCCCUCCUUCCUUCAAGAAAAGUUCUAGUCUGGUCUAAUAUUAUGAAUAAUAAUUUACCACUUAUAUUCCGCUCACCCCAACCACUCUGAGGAGCUUCCAGCACAAUAAAAGCACAGCAAAACGUCAAACAUCGAAAACUUCCCUGUACAGGGUUGCCCUCAAAUGUCUUUGGGAAGUUGUGUAGUUAUUUAUCGGUUUGACAUCUGAUGGGAGGGCAUUCCACAGGGCUGGCGCCACUACCGAGAAGGCCCUCUGCCUGGUUCCCUGACACUUCACUUCUCACAGUGAGGGAACCACCAGAAGGCCCUCAGAGCUGGACCUCAGUGUCCGGGCUAAACAAUGUGGAUGGAGGGCCGAGACCAUUUGGGUCUUUAAAGGUCAGCAUCAACACUUUGCAUUGUGCUCAGAAACGUACUGGGAGCCAAUGUAGAUCUUUUAGGACUGGUGUUAUGUGGUCCAGGAGGCUGCUCCCAGUUACCAUUCUAGCAACUGCGUUCUGGAUUAGUUGUAGUUUCUGAGUCACCUUCAAAGGCAGCCCCACAUAGAGCGCAUUGCAGUAGUCCAAGCGGGAGAUAACCAGAGCAUGUACCACUCUGGCAAGACAGUCUGCGGGCAGGUAGGGUUUCAGCCAGUGUGCCAGAUGGAGCAGGUAGACAGCAGCCAUGGGCAUAGAAUUAACCUGUGCCUCCAUGGACAGACAUCACCUGAAAUUUACACUUCUCUGAAUUUUGCAUGAAAAUGAAAAUGCAUGUGCUAAGAUAAAAUGUGUUGGCUAUUUGCAGAUUAGUUACGCUGCAGAAGGCGUGCUGGGGAGACCACACAUUCAAGAAACGCAAAGUAACUUUUGCUACGUUUUAAUAACAAAAACAAAAACUCCUUUUACACUAAAUUACAAUAUAUCAAUAAGCAUAACCCAUCCACCAGGGUACUGAAAGAGCUACAUGCUGCUCUUUAUAUACCAUACCCAACAGCUUAAUUACCACAACUUAACAGCACCUGCUAUACUGCGUCACAGCUGUAAAACUAGGUCACCUUAUUUGCUCUGGCCUUUAAAGAAAUACACAUCCUGUGGAACAAUAAUGAACCUUCAAAUUUAAAGAGACCAUUCAACAAAAUGUGCAUAAAAGUGCAUAUAUUGGUGAAACUAACAUACAGUGGUACCUCAGUUUACGAACUUAAUCUGUUCCGGAAGUCCGUUCUUAAACCAAAACCAUUCUUAAACUGAUGUGCGCUUUCCCUAAAGAGGCCUUCCGCUACCACUGCCCUUUCACUAUUCAGCUUCCAUUCUUAGACUGAGGUAAAGUUCGCAAACUGGGACACUACUUCCGGUUUUGCGGAGUUCGGAAACCAAAUAGUUCGUAAAGAGGGCUGUUCUUAAACUGAGGUACCACUGUACAGUGGUACCUCAGGUUACAGACACUUCAGGUUACAGACUCUGCUAACCCAGAAAUAGUGCUUCAGGUUAAGAACUUUGCUUCAGGAUGAGAACAGAAAUCGUGCUCUGGCGGUGCGGCAGCAGCAGGAGGCCCCAUUAGCUAAAGUGGUGCUUCAGGUUAAGAACAGUUUCAGGUUAAGUACGGACCUCCGGAACGAAUUAAGUACUUAACCCGAGAUACCACUGUACAUGUGUUAGACUAGGGGAAACUGAUUUACAUGAAUGUGUAUAUUGGGAGAAGUUUGUACAAAAAUGAUGGUGAAUUUUCAUGAGCGCCUUUUAAAAAUACACACGUAGCAACAGAUGUACAAACGACGAGGAAAGAACUUAAGAGUGGAAAAAUGAGAAACUGGGAGAAACUGAAAUUGACAGAUUCAUCCAUCUAUAGUCCUUAGGCAGUAGGGUUGCCACCUGCCCUCUUUAGGAUUGUCCCAUAUUUGAAUGUAAAAUGCUGCGUCCUGUAUUGACGCAGUUUUGUCCUGUAUUUCAGGUCCCCCCACCGUCCAAAUGCAUGUGUUUGAAAUGGAGUAUGAAAGGUCAUGUAUUUAAGCUCUGCAAAGCAACAUACAUUUUUACAAAUUGUGUGUGUGUGUGUGUGUGUGUGUGUGUUUGCGUGUGACAGAUUUCAGUCCUGUUAGGCUGCAAUGGACUGUAAUGGAUUGCUCUGAAGUCACUUUAGCACCAGAUUAAAAUAAUAAUAAUCACCCCCAACCGCCCACUAUUUUGCCAGAACAAAGGUGGCAACCCUAUUAGGAAGGGAUUGUGGAGCCCCCUUCCCAACCAAGCCCCGAGCCAUUGUAAACAUGCAGGAAAAGUCUUCAUCUUUGUUUUCUUUACAGAGGCUACCACCAUCGCACCCCAGGUUUCAACUCCCAGUGAAGGACUUACAACAACCAUGCGACUUCCACAUUCCACAGCCUCAGGUAUGUUUCCUUCUCCCUGCAACUCAUUUGGGUCAUAACUGGCCCCAAAACAAGAAGAAGUGAUUGAGAGUGAGGCCCCGAGAUGUUGCUGGACCACCAACUUCCAUCAUCAAUCCGAACUGGCCAUACUGGCAGGGGCUGAUGGGAGGGGAAGUCCAACAGGGCACCGCCAUUUUGGCUACCCUGGUAUGUAAAAAGAUAUAAGGCCACAUUUAUAACCAGAGCCAUAUACCGCUUGGGGCAUGGUCCAAAAAGAGAAGGAAGCAGGGAGAUUGCUGAAGCUACCGUAUUUUUCGCUCUAUAGGACGCACCGGACCAUAGGAGGGGGAGAACGGGGGGGGGGGAAUCUCCCUCUCUCUGCUCAGCGCCCCUUCAGCGAAGUGGCAGGAGAAACGGAGCCCCUUCCAUUUCUCCUCCCACUUCGCUGAAGGGGCGUUGCGCAGCUCUCCCUCUCUGCUGAAGCCAGGAGAGUCUUGCUCUCCCGGCUUCAGCAAAAGGAACCCAAAGCCUUCAGAGCACAGCGCGAGUUCCCACUGCGCUCCAAAGGCUUCAGGCGGCUAUCCCUGAAGCCUGGAGAGCGAGAGAGGUCGGUGCGCACUGACCUCUCUCGCUCUCCAGGCUUCAGCAAAAGCAACGCGUAGCCUCCGGAGUACGGAGGGAGCGCACCCUCUGCGCUUCGGAGGCUUCGCGUUGCUAUCGCUAAAGCCAAGGAGCCUGCAUUUGCUCCAUAGGACACACACACACAUUUCCCCUUAAUUUUUGGAGGGGGGAAAGUAUGUCCUAUAGAGCGAAAAAUACGGUAACUAAGCAGGUCUGGUUAGAUUCCCCGGAUGCGAGAGACCAUCUAGUGAGCCUUGAGGUCCCCUGUGGGAGAAAGUUGGGUGGAGAUGCCGAAAAUUCCAACGGAUCAGAAAAGAACAUUUAUGUAUGCAACCACAGCUGCUUGGAUGUUAAUGGCCCAGAGAAAGAAGACAAAGUCCCUACCAGAGAAGCAUGGCAGAUUAAGUUGAUGGAUUAUGCCGAAAUGGCAAAAAUGACCGGAAGAAUCGGAAACCAGAAAGACCAAAAAUUUAAAUAAGGAAUGGGGGGAAUUUAUAAUAUAUUUUUUUUUUGGGAAAAAAAAUUGUAAACAGCUAAAAUCGUUAGUAGGAUUGGAAUGACACUAGUAGUUUAAUGUUGAAUUUUGAAUAUAAUGGAGAUGUAAAAGAUUUGGAUUAUUAUAAAAGAUGCAGGAGAAAAUGGACCCACAAAGGGGAGGAGGGAAGUUCAGCAGGUGCUUUGGAAUAUUGUUUUUAUGUUGUUUGUUGGAUAAUUGACUGUAAAACUUUAAUCUGAAAAACUAAAUAGUUUUGUUUUUAAAAAGGAAGAAAGGUGGGUGGGAUGCAAAUGUAGGCUUGGAUCCAGACCACGUUAAUAGAUCUUAAAGGUAAAGGGACCCCUGACCAUUAGGUCCAGUCGUGGCCAACUCUGGGGUUGCGGUGCUCAUCUCGCUUUAUUGGCCGAGGGAGCCGGCGUACAGCUUCCAGGUCAUGUGGCCGGCAUGACUAAGCCACUUCUGGCCAAGCAGAGCAGUGCACGGAGACGCCGUUUACCUUCCCGCCAGAGCGGUACCUAUUUAUCUACUUGUAUUUCGUGCUUUCGAACUGCUAGGUUGGCAGGAGCAGGGACUGAGCAACGGGAGCUCACCCCAUCGCAGGGAUUCGAACCGCCAACCUUCCGAUCAGCAAGCCCCAGGCUCUGUAGUUUAACCCACAGCGCCACCUGUGUCCCUUUAAUAGAUCUUAGGUACUGAUAAAAUUGUGAGGAGUUAUGGUAUUUUGCUCAUAAUUCAUUGACAGCUUAGGCUCAGUAUUGUUUCUCGAAACUGGCCUCUCAGCAGAGUCAACACGCACAGCGCAGCUUUCAGCGUGUAGGAAACCAAAGCACAAAGAAGACCACUAAAUCCACACAGCAUUCCAGACGUCAAGUAGAAUGGUUUACUACUGGCAUAUUGAAGCUUAAUUGUUGCAAAUGAGUCCAUAAACGUCCACCAGAGCCCUGGUGAAGGCAAACCUUAGAGUGAAUCUUUCACUCUCCUUUUUUAAUAUACAUAAAUUUAUUUAUUUGGUUUUUCAGAUUAGUCCAGAUGGAAAGUGUGACUGAGGGAGUGAUAAGAGUCCACAGACUCUCCUCUUAAAUUCAGUUUCACUUCUUGCCGUUUCCCAUGGAAACUGUGUAGGUCAAAUGAAAUCAUUUCUUUGACCUUGCAGGUGGCCGGCAACUCCCAAGAACUCGCCUCAUGUAGAUAAUUAAGAUAGAUAACUGUUUUCUGAGAACCAGUGACCUAAUUUUACAGCAAUCCCGAACAAAAAAACCCUCAGGUUUCAUUUAUUUCAGUGGGAACUACAUAAAUUUAUUUAUUUGGUUUUUCAGAUUACAUUUUUACAGUCACAUAUAGAACAUACAACAUAAAAACAAGAUCCCAAGGAAUCUCCUGAACUUCCCUCCUCCCCUUUGUGGGUCCUAUUGUUAAUCAUUUCCUCCUGCAUCUUUUAUGAUAAUCCAAAUCUUUUACAUCUCCAUUGUGUCCAAAAUUCACACUUAAGCUACAUGUGAUAUUCCAAUUCUACUAACGAUUUUAACUGUUUACAAUGGUUUUUAAGAUUUCCCCCAUUCCUUAUUAAAAUGUUGGUCUUCCUGAUUUCUAAUUCUUCCAGUCAUUUUAGCCAUUUUGGUAUAAUCCAUCAACUUUAUCGAGAAUCUUUUGCUCUCAGUCGUGAAACAGUCUUAGUCCAGAUGGAAAGUGUGACUAAGAGAGUGAUAAGAGUCACAGUCCACAGACUCUCCUCUUAAAUUCAGUUUCACUUCUUCCCGUUUCCCAUGGAAACUGUGUAGGUCAAACAACAUCAUUUCUUUGACCUUGCAGGUGGCGAGCAACUCCCAAGAACUCGCCUCGUGUAGAUAAUUAAGAUAGAUAACCAUUUUCUGAGAACAAAUGACCUAGUUUUACAGCAAUCCCGAACAAAAAAAUAACUCAGGUUUCAUUUAUUUCAGUGGGAACUACAUAAAUUUAUUUAUUUGGUUUUUCAGAUUACAUUUUUACAGUCACAUAUAGAACAUACAACAUAAAAACAAGAUUCCGAGGAAUCUCCUGGACUUCCCUCCUCCCAUUUGUGGGUCCUAUUGUUAAUCAUUUCCUCCCGCCAUCUACUAUGAUAAUCUAAAUCUUUCACAUUUCCAUUGUGUCCAAAAUUUGCCCUUAAGCUACAAGUGAUAUUCCAAUUCUACUAACGAUUUUAACUGUUCACAAUGGUUUUUAAGAUUUCCCCAUUCCUUAUUAAAACGUUGGUCUUCCUGAUUUCUGAUUCUUCUAGUCAUUUUAGCCAUUUCGGUAUAAACUGUGUAGGUCAAAUGACAUCAUUUCUUUGACCUUGCAGGUGGCGGGCAAUUCCCAAGAACUCGCCUCAUGUAGAUAAUUAACACAGAUAACCGUUUUCUGAGAACAAAUGACCUUGUUUUACAGCAAUCCCCAACAAAAAAACAACUCAGGUUUCAUAUAUUUCAGUGGGACCUAAUUUAGUCCGAAUCCAACCUAAAGUAAAUAGCCAGCCUCUGCAAUAAACGCACAAAUUGUUCUGCAGUGCUUUGAAUCUUCUCUCUCGCUGCUUUUAAUGUGAGAAUUUCAGUAAAAGCAUUGGGGCAAGUCAAUCCCGCCAAUGAAGUGAAUGGAAAGAAAAACGAAACGCUGUUUUCUGCUAGAAAUGAUCUCAGCACAGUGAUGCCUCUAAUUUGGCGACACAAAAGCUAUUUUUUAAGGACAAUCACGAGGAGGUCAACUCAAUGGACACAGCCUUCAAGGCUCACAGCUUAGCCGUGGGUUGGGUUUUUGUUUUUUGUUUUGGUACGUUACUUUAUUUUCUGCCGUGUUGUUGUAUUACGUUGUUAUGAAAUUGCAUUUGCACUGUUGGAUUUUGAGAUGCCUCCCUGUUUUCUUCGUUGCACACUGCUUUGAGCACGAUUUGGUAGAAAAGAGCAUGUAAAUAAAUCAUGGCCGGCUGGCUGGAUGAUGGCCAACUAUUGCAACCCUGCUGCUCUGCUCCUCACUGCUACUGCUUUCAGUUGUCCAAGUGAGUGAGCAUGAGGCAUGAGACUGGCCACUAUCAGAGACUUGAGGUUAGCCACUUAGUGGUUGGAAAUGGGAGAGUUGAUGGACCUUGGCUUGAUCCAGCAAGGCAUGUUAUUGCAGUGAUUUUCUCGUGCAGGUAUAAUUUCUUUGUAGGAAAAAGUGUGCACAGCAUUGAUAAACAGUCAUGUGCACCAAACUCAGGUCAUUAUAUCUUUCCAUGUCUACACACAUCCAAGUCCGGCAAGAAUAGCCACUUAAAUGCUGGCUUUCUUGUGAACUCAAUUGCAAAUAUUGAUUAGAAGUAUCUUCUCUGGCGAUCACUUGUAGCCAAGUAAGAUUGUCUUCCAUAAACAUGGUCUUAACCGUGACUCCGUAAGUGACUCCACAGUGAGGGCAUAGAUUUCCGGGCAGGUGUUGAUCAUGGUGUUGUUGUUGUUUAGUCGUUUAGUCGUGUCCGACUCUUCGUGAUCCCAUGGACCAGAGCACGCCAGGCACUCCUGCCUUUCACUGCCUCCCGCAGUUUGGUCAGACUCAUGUUUGUCGCUUCAAGAACACUAUCCAACCAUCUCGUCCUCUGUCGUCCACUUCUCCUUGUGCCCUCCAUCUUUCCCAACAUCAGGGUCUUUUCCAGGGAGUCUUCUCUUCUCUUGAGGUGGCCAAAGUCUUGGAGCCUCAGCUUCACGAUCUGUCCUUCCAGUGAGCACUCAGGGCUGAUUUCCUUCAGAAUGGAGAGGUUUGAUCUUCUUGCAGUCCAUGGGACUCUCAAGAGUCUCCUCCAGCACCAUAAUUCAAAAGCAUCAAUUUUUCGGCGAUCAGCCUUCUUUAUGGUCCAGCUCUCACUUCCAUACAUCACUACUGGGAAAACCAUGGCUUUAACUAUAUGGACCUUUGUUGGCAAGGUGAUGUCUCUGCUUUUUAAGACGCUGUCUAGGUUUGCCAUCGCCUUUCUCCCAAGAAGCAGGCGUCUUUUACCGUAAUUUCAUGACUGCUGUCACCAUCUGCAGUGAUCAUGGAGCCCAAGAAAGUAAAAUCUCUCACUGCCUCCAUGGUGAGGGUUUGCCAAACCUCCUUAGCACCUUUCUCCCUUUCACCCUGAGUUCGAGCGUCUUCAAAGCCCAUGACACCUUUGGCAAAGGCUGUUCUCCAAUUGGAGCGCUCACAGGCCAGUGUUUUCCAGUUGUUGGUGUUUAGACUACAUUUUUUUUAGAUUUGCCAUGAGAGAGUCUUUCAACCUCUUUUGUUGACCACCAGCAUUACGCUUUCGAUUUUUAAGUUUGGAAUAGAGUAGUUGCUUUUGAAGACUAUAAUCAGGCAUCCAAACAACAUGACUAGUCCAACGAAGUUGAAGAAUCAUUGCUUCGAUACUGGUGAUCUUUGCUUCUUCCAGUACACUGGCAUUAGUCCGCCUGUCUUCCCAAGUGAGGUGUAAAAAUUUUGGAGACAGUGUUGAUGAAUGUACUUAAAGCUGGAGUGCUAGAAUGUCCCUUACUGUGGCAUUCAAGAAGGACAGUGGUCCUCCUCCAUUGCAGAAGGACUUGCCGAUCAGAAGGUCGGCGGUUCAAAUCCCCGCAACAGGGUGAGCUCCCGUUGCUCGGUCCCUGCUCCUGCCAACCUAGCAGUUUGAAAGCACGUCAAAGUGCAAGUAAAUAAAUAGGUACCACUCCGGCGGGAAGGUAAAUGGCAUCUCCGUGCGAUGCUCUGGUUCACCAGAAGCAGCUUAGUCAUGCUGGCCACAUGACCCGGAAGCUGUACGCCGGCUCCCUCGGCCAAUAAAGCGAGAUGAGCGCCGCAACCCCAGAGUCGGUCACGACAGGACCUAAUGGUCAGGGGUCCCUUUACCCUUUUUAUACCUGCAGGUGUAAAAAUGUACUUAAAGCUGGAGUGCUAGAAUGUCCCUUACUGUGGCAUUCAAGAAGGACAGUGGUCCUCCUCCAUUGCAGAAGGAGUAAGCGGAGGUUGAGCACCAUGCUGGCAAAUGGAUCACAGAAUAGCACCAGGGAAUGAGAGGCCCCGGUCAAAAACUGGACAGCUGUAAAUCACAGGUUUGUUACUAGCUGUUGCUUUAGGAUUCAUUUCUGGUGUGCUCUUGUUUCUGCAGAUCCAGAUGACGAUGUGAUGUUUCCCUGUGAGCUGUACAUUUGGGCCCCCUUAGCAGGUGGUUGCUUCCUUCUGCUGGUAUUGUUGGUGAUCACCCUGUCGGUGUGCUGUGGUAAGAUAAUUUCCUUUAAACUCUGUUGGAUGGCAGUACUGGGGUAGUAGGUUCACUUAAAACUAGCUGGGAACUAACUAAUUCAAAUACCUUGUUUACCAUAGCAGCCCCUUAUAAUCUCCUAGGCAUUUUGUUUCAUAAUAACCAGGGUACCUUUUUUUUGACAGAACAUGCCUGCUUUCUCUCUUAAUAACUAUAGCUCUCUCAUACAUUGCUGGAUUUGUAGGGCUCUGCAAAGGGAGGCAGCCUAGAAAACAAAUCUCUCUCCAUUUCUCCACACACACACACCUCUUUUUCAGAAUUCUGGUGAAUUAGCAGACGUGUCCACAAAUGGGUUACAGACUAAUUAUAAGCAUUUUUAAAACGCUGGUCGAGAGUUGGGUAAAGGAGUCAAGCAGCAGUAGAGAUAGAACAAAUUUUGUGAUGAAUUGAUACAAAAACCUACAGCUUUUCACAACACCAAAAUUUGCCUUUAAAAAGGCUGGGUGGAACACAUGAAGUGGACACCAUAUAUCUAUCUUUCUGUCUAUCUAACUAAUUACAUAUAUAAAGUGGGCAAAGUCGGGCAAAGUUUUCAAGCCUUCAGUGAAUCUCUUAGACCAGAGGUUUCCAACUUUUUUGAGUCCACGGCUCCCUUGGCCAACUACAUUCUUUCUGCGGCACCUCUGUGGGGCUCGGGAGCCCAGUUAUGUCACCCCUUGCCCGCAGAGCUCGCAACUUCUCACCCUUUUUCAAACAUCCUGUGGAGUGUUUCCUCAGCCUCCACAGUGUGGUGUAGUGGUUAAGAGCAGUGGACUCGUAAUCUGGUGAACCGGGUUCACGUCCCCGCUCCUCCACAUGCAGCUGCUGGGUGACCUUGGGCUAGUCACACUUCUUUGAAAUCUCUCAGCCCCACUAACCUCACAGAGUGUUUGUUGUGGGGGAGGAAGGGAAAGGAGAAUGUUAGCUGCUUUGAGACUCCUUCGGGUAGUGAUAAAGCAGGAUAUCAAAUCCAAACUCCUCCUCCUUCUCCUCCUCCUCUCCUCUCCCCUCUCCUUGGGAGUCCUCUGGACAGCUGCUUCUGCUGCCCCUGGUCUCUGAGCUGCCCCACCCCACCCCACCCCAAAGAGAGGUGUCUCCUCACACUGCCCCACAGGGGCCUGGGACUUGUCUGUCCAUUCCCAACAGCAAAGGAAGGCAGACUAGCUGGCUGGGCUCCCUUGCCCGCUUGCUUGCUUACUCUAAGGCCACCUCAGCUCCUGGCAACCAGCACCCCUGGGCCAGCCCCAGAGGCACCAUUCGCCUGAGGAGCUUGUAGCUAGGGCUGCUGCAACAAACAGCUGGGCAAGCCUUUUGGAGGCAGAGAUGCAAGAGGGCAUCAGAGAUGGGAGGGAGAGAAAGGAAGACAGAGGCCAGUGUUGCUUGCAGCACCCCUGGCCAUCAUUCAAGGCACCCCAGGGUGCCAUGGCACACUGGUUGAAAGCCACUGCCUUAGACUGAUAGAAAUCCCUGUCAUAAUGAUACGAGCUGAGGCACCUAGAAUCUCUUGCAUGAGGAAAUUCAGCAGCAGAAAGCCCUCUUCCUUCUGCCUCCCUCAUUCACAGCUGAAAAAAGUGAUUUUAUAUAUACAUAUGGCUCAAAAAUACAAAAUGAAGAGGUCACGAAGCACUGCAUCAUUUUAAAUAUACUAAUAUUUAAAAUAUGGACUACUGCAAUGCGCUCUAUGUGGAGCUACCUUUGAGGGCGACUCGGAAAGUGCAAUUAAUCCAGAAUGCGGCAGCUAGACUGGUGACUGGGAGCGGCCGCCGAGACCAUAUAACACCGGUCCUGAAAGACCUACAUUGGCUCCCAGUACAUUUCUGGGCACAAUUCAAAGUGUUGGUGCUGACCUUGAAAGCCCUAAACGGCCUCGGUCUAGUAUACCUGAAGGAGCGUCUCCACCCCCAUCGUUCUGCCUGGACACUGAGGUCCAGCUCCAAGGGCGUUCCGGUGGUUCCCUCCCUGCAAGAAGUGAGGUUACAGGGAACCAGGCAGAGGGCCUUCUCGGUAGUGGCGCCCGCCCUGUGGAAUGCCCUCCCAUCAAAUGUCAAGGAGAUAAACAACUAUUUUACUUUUAAAAGAAAACUGAAGACGGCCAUGUUUAGGGAAGUUUUUAAUGUCUGACACUGUAUUGUUUUUAAUAUUCGAUUGGAAGCCGCCCAGAGUGGCUGGGGAAACCCAGCCAGAUGGGCAGGGUACAAAUUAUUAUUAUUAUUAUUAUAUUAAUAAAAUAACUUGCAUGUUUCUCUCCCCCUCCCAAAUGAAUUGAAGACCCAAGGAGGCGGCGACGGCGUUGCAGAUGUAAAAAGUGAGUCCUCUCCAAUCAGGCAUCCUGUCACAUUAAAUCUACAAUGCAAUCCUAAGUUUGGUUCACUUCGUACUUACCAAAUUCACAUUUUCUGAAGCAAUAUGCAAAGUGAAGCACUGUUCUUCUUUGAAAUUCACACUUACCUGAAUUUUGCGAUGUAGCUCUUCAGCUAAGUAUUGUGCGCAAAAAUUGCAUAAACUACAAAUACUGUAUUUUUUGCACCAUAACACUCACUUUUUUCCUCCUAAAAAGUAAGGAGAAAUGUCUGUGUGUGUUAUGGAGGGAAUGCCUACGGGUGGCAUGCCUACGGAUUUUCCUCCUCUAAAAACUACGUGCGUGUUAUGGUCGGGUGCGUGUUAUAGAGCGAAAAAUACGGUAAGUAGAUAAAUCAUUGCAUACCUUGACAGGAAUUGCAGCUCCUAAAUUUUCAGUGACUGGAUGCUAACUUUUGGCACUGGCAAGAUAAAGACCCAUGCCUCCCGGAUACAAUACGAAGCUUGUUAGGCCAAUGUAUGGAAACUAAUGCUUUCACCAAACUCGUUUGUAGAAUCAUGUCAAGACUUUGUCAUAUGCUUACUGAAGUCUUUGCUCCCUCUUCUUUCUAGGCCUCUGAAUGGAACCAAUGGGACGGUCGCUACGUCACGCUUGAUCAAAUAGGACAUUUCAGCCAGAUUUUCCCAUUGCACUCUCACUGCAUCAGACCUUCCAGCCUUGCCAGAAAGACUCUUGCAUGCUCAUAACGGCUCUGUGCUCCCAUAGCAAGGAGGGAUGCCUUUGCCUUACAGCUUUGCAGGAAAAUCUUAUCCACCAGCUGUAUGUAUGUUGGGUUAGUUUACUUUGCCUUGACCUAUCUUGCACUAGGAAACUGCAACAGUUUAAGGUGGAGAUCUUAAAUAGGUUUUCAUCUCACAAACUUUGGCUGCCCUCGUUAUAGAAAAGCUGCAAAGAUGUUCAGCCAAAUAGGCAGCGUUUAAGGGAAGGAAAAUGGAGCAACAGACUGCUGCUUAGGAUCUGUGCAGGUGCAUUUAUAUACAUUUUCAUACUAGACUUUUUGCAGCUGUUCCCUUAGAUCUUUGACGCCUAGCGACGUGGGAGGGAGGGUUGAAACCCAAAGAACUCGGACGCAUGCCUGUGUAUACUAAGAAAAUGUUGAAAUCUCCCCCUCCCCAAACAUCUCUCCCAAAUACUGAGUCCAGACAGUGUGUUAGCACCGCUGUAAACCACCAGAAUGCCUAUAUUUCGCAAAUCCAAUUGAAAACACACGUAAUAGGCCAUAUAGUAACAAAUGCAAAGUUAUUUUCUAGAACUACUUCUCAAAAUUAGAUACUUCUCAAGUUGUACGUAAUUUUUGAGAAGUAGUUCUAGUAAAAAACUUUGUGUUUGUUACUAUAAAGGUAAAGGGACCCCUGACCAUUAAGUCCAGUCGUGACCGACUCUGGGGUUGCGGCGCUCAUCUUGCUUUAUUGGCCGAGGGAACCGGCGUACAGCUUCCGGGUCAUGUGGCCAGCAGGACUAAGCCGCUUCUGGCGAACCAGAGCAGCGCACGGAAACGCCGUUUACCUUCCCACCGGAGCAGUACCUAUUUAUCUACUUGCACUUCGUGCUUUCGAACUGCUAGGUUGGCAGGAGCAGGGACUGAGCAACGGGAGCUCACCCCGUCGCAGGGAUUCGAACCGCGACCUUCUGAUUGGCGAGUCCUAGGCUCUGUGGUUUAACCCACAGCGCCACCUGCGUCCCAGAGUUUGUUACUAUACGGCCUAUUAAAUUUACAUGUGUUAGCACCGCUGGGCACCAGAAAACAGGAACUAUACCUGGCAAAUAGGGACAGCUGGAGUCUAUGCAGUACAAGUGAAACCACGUGACAUUUCCUGUCUUUUGUGCUUUGCCAUCUAUAAGCAAACUGCGGGAGUAUCGCUAUGGUUGAGGUGUGCGACGUUUCCUGCAUCCCUUUGUUCCACAACAUUAAAAAUAAAGCCUGAGAAUUUCUUUUCGUCAUAAAACCAAGUGGCCUCUACUUAAUGUAACUGCUUCAGAACCACAACCAUGAACUAAAAAGCAAAACUUUGGGC